CUGGGAGACUGGGACGAUAACACGCUGCAGAUAGAAGUACUGUAGACUCAACAGUCCUGCAGCCAUGACGUGCAUUCACCCCCAACAUGGAUCUCAGUCCUACGACAGCAUCUGCAGCUCUGAGCUGGACUUCCUCUCCAGGCUGACUGUGGACAUGAGCAGCCCACGGGACCACGUCUCCGCUCCGUCCCUGCCCAGCAUCGGUUCCCUGGUGGGCGCUCCAGCGGGCGACUGUGAUGCCUACUCCUGCCAGUUCACUGCCGCCCCGGCCCCGGUCAACCCGUCUUCAGGCCACGAGACCCCCUUCAAGCUGGACGAGCUCCAGGUUUACGGCUGCUACCCGGGGACCUUCACGCUGAGCUACCCGGACGAGGUCUUGUCCCCUGGUGGGUCAGACUAUUUCGGCAGCCCCACAUCCACCUCGUCUCCUUCAACCCCCGGGUUCCAGGGUCAGCAGGCAUCCACCUGGGAUUCAACCUUUGGCUCCUUCUCACCCAGUCCAGGAUACUGGGCAGCCGAGGAGACGUCAGCGCCCCAUGCACCCUCUUUCUUCACAUUCGGAUCCGGGUCGGUGGAGGACUUGGUUCAAACGCAUUUACGAGACCAGGACCUAUUCACGUUGACCCACCCUCACCACUCUGCACUGAGCUUCCCUGGCCUGUCGAUGGAGACAGCCCUCAGCCUGGAUGGACACGAUCAUCUCGAUGGAAGCCUGUCGCCAAAGUUAAAAAGCCCCAGUGGAAACGAGGGCUGCUGCGCUGUGUGCGGAGACAACGCCUCCUGUCAGCACUACGGGGUCCGAACCUGUGAGGGAUGCAAAGGGUUCUUCAAGCGAACAGUGCAAAAAAAUUCCAAGUAUGUUUGCCUUGCCACCAAGGACUGUCCCGUGGACAAGAGGAGACGGAACCGAUGUCAGUUCUGCCGUUUCCAGAAGUGUUUGACUGUAGGCAUGGUCAGGGAAGUUGUGAGAACAGACAGCCUGAAAGGUCGAAGAGGUCGCCUGCCUUCCAAACCCAAAGCCGUCCAGGAGGUGACGACCACAGUGUCUCCGGUGAGCAUGAUCGCUUCACUGGUGAGGGCGCACAUCGACUCGAACCCUGACAUUGGGAAACUUGAUUAUUCCAAGUAUGAAGAGACGGAGGUGAGUCCGAACCAGAAAGAGGACGCUGGCGACAUCAAACAGCUUUAUCACCUCCUCACGUCCUCCAUGGAGGUGAUCAGGAAGUGGGCGAAGAGCAUCCCGGGUUUCUGUGACUUCAGCUCCGAGGACCAGGACCUGCUGCUGGAGUCUGCGUUUGUCGAACUCUUCAUCCUCCGUCUUGCAUACCGGUCCGAUCCUGAAAAGGACAAGCUCAUCUUCUGCAAUGGCUCCGUGCUUCACAAAACGCAGUGCGUCCGCGGCUUUGGGGACUGGAUCGACUCCAUCUUGGAGUUUUCUCAAAGUCUCCAUCGCAUGAAGCUGGACGUUUCCUCCUUCUCCUGUCUCACAGCUCUGGUCAUAAUCACCGACCGACACGGUCUCAAGGAGCCUAAACGUGUGGAGGACUUGCAGAACCAGCUCAUCACCUGCCUUAAAGAUCACGUCUCCGGCUGCGGCUCCGACUCCUUGCGGCCCAAUUAUUUAUCCAGACUUCUCGGGAAGCUGCCUGAGCUGCGAACUCUGUGCACCCAAGGCCUCCAGCGAAUCUUCUACCUUAAACUAGCAGAUCUCGUUCCUCCACCGCCGCUCGUGGACAAACUCUUCAUGGAUACGCUCCCAUUCUGAGUGAAAGAUGGGAGAGGGGGCGAUCUGCGAUAUCAAAUCUGGAGCCAAAGAGAACAGACUCAGUGCUUCAGGUGGUUUAAAGUGAAACUGCACAAAGCAAAGGAGAAGAAUAAUCCUGAGGGAUUAUGCGGCUCCCGGGGAAGAAGAACUACUUCUCAAUUAUAAAGUGAGUGAGUUAUGAAACUUUUGGAUGCGACGUGGAGCAUCAAAUAAAGCUCCCACUGGUUUGAAGUGCUCUCCAGAUGGAAUGAGACCAGCUCAUGGACCAAAAGGCGACUGUUUGCAUACAACACGGAGCCAUGAAUGGAAAAUAUUUCUGACGGAGGGAAGAUUACGUUAAACAUACAUCUGCACUUUCAUUUCAAGGAUGUAGAGUUUUCUUUCUGUGAUCUGGAUGAUUGUAAAUUGCAUAUAAAAAGUACGACAAAGCCACUGUUGUGAUUAUAUUUGGUUUGAGCGUUUCUUUGAAAGUGAUUUCACAGAACCAAUUUGUCAUUUUUAAGACACACUUCAAUGCUUCCAUUAGCAUUUGGUGAUUUCUACGGCAUUUUUGCGAUUAAUGAUUCAUGUAUCAUGAAUGGACAUUGAGCAGCUAAUGUGUCAUCCUGUACAGUCUUAUGAACUGGUCAUGAGUGUAAAUUAAUCUGUUUUAAGGUGUUAUUGUCACAUGAACUGUAUUCCACCGUCUGUGGAUGGGGCAUUUUAUUUUGGGCUCGUUGUUUUUACAGACUAAGAUGCUCUUUCCCCUGCAGCUGAACAUUUAUUAAAUGUGGA